AUGCAGAGAAAUUUUAAAGUAAUACAACCGAUGGUACUUUUAGCCGACUGCGCACAUCCGCGACUAAUCGAGCGGCAAAUCCACGAAGGCUUUAUAAAUAAUUCAGGCCCUCUGUAUUAUGUUAAGUGGGGGUCUCCAAGUUUAGAGAUGCUUUUGACUCCUCUUCAGUUAAUGAACCUCUCUACGAUACUUCAUUUGCGGAGCUCUUACCUUAAGAUUUUCGGUAUGAAAGCCUUGAGUUGUACCUAUCUUAAACGCCAAACAGCAGAAGAACGAGAAGCUGAACGUCAAGCAGCAAAUCGCUUGAUGUUGUCGCUUCAAGCGGAAGCGUUAAGCAAGGGCUACAUGCCGGAACCACCGUCUGCUGGAGCGCUUUCAGCGCUGCAUUAUCAGCAGAAUCCAGCUCCUCAACCUGCAUCCAACACAGCAUUAAGCGCUUUACAAAAUUUACAGCCAUGGGCUGGGACCCACGGCACCUUCUUGAACGCACAAAAUACAGCGCCGGCAGCGCAUCCGCCACCGGUUGCGUCGCCAAUUUGUUGA